AUGUCAUAGAAAAUCAAAUCCUCUCCCUGCGCCCUCCGCCUUCACCCCUUCUCUGCGUCCCCCCUCCGCAUCACACCAGCCCAACGUCAAUCAGUUCGCGCUUCAACACCAUUCCAGAUGUCAUCACCAACCUCACACGACUCACCUCCCUGUGAGCCACUCUCCCUGCGCCCUCUCCUUCCGCCCUCUCCCUCCCUGCGCUCUUUCCUGCGCCCUCCCUGCGCUUAUCCUGCGCCCUCUCUGCGCUCUUCCUGCGCCCUCCCUGCGCUCUUCCUGCGCCCACCCUCUGCGCUUCGACACCAUCCCAGAUGUCAUCACCCACCUCACACGACUAAUCGCCCUGGAUCUGGGGUUCAUCAGCAUUGGAGGCACCCUACCCGCCAGCAUGGGCAACAUGCCCAACCUGCAGAAGCUGGUGAUCAGCCAGGUGGACUCGGGGAGCAUCCCGGCCUCCUUUGGCAACAUGUCCAGCCUGCAAGAACUCACCAUCAGCGUGAGUGAUUAUGACACCACAGGAGCUGCUCUCACAGGGCCCAUCCCCGAGUCGUUCUCCAACCUCAAGAACCUCACCUCGCUCGAUCUCACCAACAACAACAUCGGGCCACUCACUGCCAGCAUCGGCACCAUCCCCAACCUGGAGUACCUCUAUCUCACAGGCAACAACUUCACAGGCAGCACCAUUCCCAGCACCAUCACCGGCCUCUCUAAGCUCCUCUCACUCGAGUUACCGCACCUCACCUCACCGCAUCUCACCUCACCCCGUCCAUUCAGUGGCUUGAACCAUGCCUCCCCGUUUUCCUACCUUCCCCAUCCUCUCCCCCUACCUUCCCCAUCCUCUCCCCCUACCUUCCCCAUCCUCUCCCCCUACCUUCCCCAUCCUCUCCCCCUACCUUCCCCAUCCUCUCCCCCUACCUUCCCCAUCCUCUCCCCCUACCUUCCCCAUCCUCUCCCCCUACCUUCCCCAUCCUCUCCCCCUACCUUCCCCAUCCUCUCCCCCUACCUUCCCCGUCCUCUCACCCUACCUUCCCCAUCCUCCCCCCACUGCCUUCCCCCACAAGGCGGCUUGUCUACAUGGGCACAUUUUGAGGCGCAUUUUGAGGCGCAUUUUGAGGCGCAUUUUGAGUGCACCACGUCUCGUCUCCUUGUAACCUCAAGUGCCAUAGCACAGACUUUUGAGGCGAAACCAACUACGACCCUCUGUAACCUGCCCUGCCAGCAACACCCCGGCGAAGUGGAGCAGAGCGACAGCAGCCCCCUCUGUACCGACCUGCCGACUCACCCCGCCUCCCCUCUCACCCUGCCCCCCUUCCCAUCACUCCCUCUGCAUGCAGCAACUACGAUCCCACCAUGGCCUGCCCUGCCACAACUCCGACUCUACUGUGGCCUGCCCUGCAAGCAACACCCUGCCCUCUCACAAGCCCCAGCCCUCUCACAGUUCCUGCCCUCUCACUCCCUUGCCCUCUCUCUCACUGCCCCUGCAUGCAGCAACUACGACUCUACCGUGACCUGCCCUGCCAGCAAAACCCCGUGUGUGGUGGAGCAGAGCGAGAGCAGCCCCUUCUGCACCGCCUGUGCUGCCUUCUGCAAAUCCUGCAUCGCGUCUGCACCUGGAGCCAUCGUGGGCAUCGUGGUGGGCGUGCUGCUGCUGGUCGUUGGUGUCGUGGCUGCUGUUUUCAUCAUCAUGCAGUGUGGCAAGAGGUCCAAAGAGGUGGAGGUGGAAUACACGACUCAAGCUACAGGAGCAUACGCAGGGGAUAACCAGUACAACAAGCCGUCUCAGGAUGCUUAUGCUGGUUACCAGCCUGGUGCUGCCGGCCAGGUGUAG